UUUUGAGUUCAUGAAAGUUAAAUCAUAUGGUAACAUCUGGGUCUACAUUAUUAUCAUACUCCCAACCCUACUCACACUUUUUUCCUACUGAUCAUCACUUUAAAGUCAUACUCUUCUGGUGACUAGUUUCAGUUUCUCACAUAGAAAGUUCAAAUUUUUUGAGAGAUUGGAAAUGGGGAUUGUAACAUGCAUUUCUCUGGCGAUUAUGGUCACAGUUUUCUGCCCUUCUUCUCUUGCUCUCACCCUGGAUGGUCUGACCUUGUUGGAAAUAAAAAGUGCUUUGAAUGAUACUAAGAAUGUUCUGAGCAACUGGCAAGAGUUUGAUGAGACUCAUUGUAGAUGGACUGGUAUCUCUUGCCACCCUGGCGAUGACCAAAGAGUUCGCAUAAUAAAUCUGCCAUACAUGCAACUUGGAGGAAUUUUAUCUCCCAGCAUUGGUAAACUCAGUGGACUACAAAGGCUGGCCCUUCAUCAGAACAGCUUGCAUGGAACCAUUCCUAAUGAACUUACCAAUUGUUCUGAUCUAAGAGCACUGUACUUGAGGGGUAACUUUUUUGAAGGAGGCAUACCGUCAAACAUUGGAAAUCUUUCAUAUUUGAAUAUAUUGGAUUUAUCGAGUAACUUAUUGAAAGGUGCCAUACCUUCCUCUAUUGGCCGUCUCUCACAAUUGCAAAUUCUGAACUUGACUACCAAUUUCUUUUCUGGUGAAAUUCCUGACAUUGGAGUACUGAGCACCUUUAGCAAAUACUCGUUUGAGGGAAAUUCAGAUCUUUGUGGGCGGCAAAUCGAAAAGCCAUGUCGGACAUCACUUGGUUUUCCUGUGGUGCUCCCCCAUGCUGAAAGUGAUCAAGCUGCAGUCCCUGCCAAAAGGUCUUCACGUUACAUGAAGGUACUGUUAAUUUAUGCAAUUGCAAUUAUGGGUAUCGCACUUGUCAUGGUGCUUUCAUUUCUGUGGACUCGUUUGAUAUCAAAGAAAGAGCGAGCUGCAAAGAGAUACACGGAAGUCAAGAAACAAGUUCAUCCAGGAGCUAGCGCAAAACUUAUUACAUUCCAUGGUGAUCUGCCGUACACAUCGUCUGAGAUCGUAGAGAAGCUGGAGUCUCUAGAUGAAGAGAAUAUAUUAGGAUCCGGAGGAUAUGGUACUGUUUACCGAAUGGAGAUGAAUGAUCGUCGUCUAUUUGCUGUUAAACGGAUUGAUCGAAGUUAUGAAGGGUCCGAUCAAGUGUUUGAAAGGGAACUCGAGAUCUUGGGGAGCAUCAAACACACAAAUCUUGUAAAUAUGCGUGGUUACUGCAGGCUUCCUUCUUCAAGAUUCCUUAUCUAUGACUAUUUGGUCUUAGGCAGCUUAGAUGAUGUCUUGCAUGAAAAUACUCAAGAAAUCCUAGUACCGAACUGGAGUGAUCGCCUAAAGAUAGCUCUUGGUGCUGCCCGGGGUUUGGCUUACUUGCACCACGAAUGCAGCCCAGAAAUUGUUCACCGUAAUAUAAAAUCUAGCAACAUACUCUUUGAUGAAUGCAUGGAGUCACAUAUAUCCGAUUUGGGCCUUGCAAAGCUUUUGGUCGAUGAGGAGGCACAUGUUACCACAGUGGUAGCUGGCACAUUUGGUUAUUUGGCACCAGAGUAUCUACAAAGUGGAAGAGCAACUGAGAAGUCGGAUGUGUAUAGCUUUGGAGUUCUUUUACUCGAACUUGUAACUGGGAAGAGGCCAACAGAUCCAUCUUUUGUGAGAAGAGGUUUAAAUGUUGUUGGUUGGGUGAACACAUUACUGAGAGAUAACAAAAUGAAAGACGUGGUGGACAAAAGAUGCAGAAUUGCAGAUGAAGGAACCCUUGAAGUUAUUCUUGAGCUAGCAUUAAGAUGCACAGAUGGAAAUGCAGAUGAUCGUCCAUCAAUGAACGAGGUGUUACAGUUGCUGAAGCAAGAGGUUAUGUCCUGUCCAAGCGAGUUUUAUGAGUCUGAUUCAGAUUACUGAUGACAAAAGUAAAUCCUAUCCAAUCAUGCUAUUUCCGCAGCACCCUUCCUAUGUUUUCCUUUUCCUUUGUGUGACAUUCUAGUUUUACUUUGUUGCAAAUGUCCUCUUGUGAAUAACCUAAACACUUAUCCCCUUCAAUGUUGUAGCGGGUUUUUAUAUUUGGAAUGGCCUCCAUUCCAGCAAUGCUAUCACUUUCUC